UGCUUGACGCCGAGGGUAUCGAGCGAGUCAAACCAUUCCAUGUCGCUAACAAUGGGAGAGAAAGUGCACUGGCCUUCUCAUAAACAGAUAGAUGUAUACACCAAGGAUUUGAUAAAGCAACUGAGGGAAAACAAUGUUAACCUUGGGAAGGUAUACAGUAUAAUUGGGAGCUUCUUUGGUUCGGUCGAGAAGGUCACUUUCACGAAGGGGACGCUCAAGAAUAUUUGUGGGAAGAUUAGCCGUGAACAGGCUGAAGACGAUGUCCGGAAGACACUUCAGGCGUUUGCUGACAUCCAGGCCAACGCCAUUGCCAAACUGAUUUCGAAAUUUUUUGAACCGAUCGCUGGCAUCCGAUGGGAGGUUCUCUCGCUGAAUCGGCAAGUAGUGGCACAACCAGAGGGGCGGGGCAUGAUGCGUUCGUGGGAUUGAAUCUUCCUCCUUCACCUCCCUCCCGCAUGGACUCCGCAUCUAGCGCCUGGAGCACAACGCAUCUGCCAGCGGAUGUCGACGACACUAAUGGAGAGGGCGAGGUCGUCCAGCAAGAUGAGUCUGUCCACCGGCCUCUCACCCAUGAUUUGGGCAGCAUGGUGGGGCAAGAUUCACGGGAAGAAGGAUUUGGUGAUUACGAUCCAGCUGCUGCUCCGGAUUCGCCGCGUAGCACUGGUAGUUCUGCCAUCGACGACCAAUCUGGUGUCAUGUGUGGUGGCAACGUGGAAGACUCUGAAGAUGAGGAGGACAUUAUCAGCAUGCUGCCUAAACACCGCUGUAUAAUAGACUAGAUCGUGUAGCUAAAUGAGAACUGGUAGGUGAUUUGUGUGCUAGAAGAUGUUGGUUAAUUAGUAUCGUUCACGCGUUCCAUUGUGACGGCCCUGUUUGUAAAAUCUACUUCCUUGUUUCAUUUUCACUGGUUGCAUCCUUGAACCUUAAACACGCGGGGAUCCAUUCUGGGUUUUUUUUCUGGCUUUUUAGCCCUUUUUUCAAGCACUUGUAGAAGCGUUGAGUAGCCUGGUUACCGGUCCUUG